AUGCAAGUCAUACGUCCAGUCAUACGAAACUUACCAACUCGAGAGAUAGCUCGGAAGAUCAAUGCGACUCGUCUGGGACCAGCGGUCGGAUGUAGCUAUUGGCGAUAUCGAACAUUCGCUACGCGACCUCAACAUGAUGAACAGAAGGAAGAGAUAGAUGAUGGGGAUUUAUUUGGAGAUAGUGGAGAUGGCACUUCCCAUUCAGUAAGGAAUGUCGAUCAAGAAGAUCCGAAUCCGGAUCUCGUAGACUUUGAAGAAAGUAUUACUGGACCCUCUUAUCAAGUCAAAGACACCUCUUCCAGUAAAGAUCAACUUCUUCAUCGACCGAAAUUACCAACUUCGAUCAAAAGACUGAAUCGGAUCUUGUCAAGACAGAGAGCGGUUGAGAUCCCAGAACAUGAAUUGGAUGAGAAGUUCGUGCGAGGCAGGGGACCCGGCGGUCAAGCAAUAAACAAAACCAAUUCUUCCGUUUCCCUGACCCAUAUCCCAACCGGUAUAAGAAUUCAAGCGCAACCUACAAGAUCAAGAGAAGAGAAUCGUAAAGUGGCUCGUAAAAUCCUCGGUGAACGUCUAGAAGUACUUAGGACAACGGGUCAAUUACCAGGAUACGACAUAGCAGGAGUAGUAGUGGAUAUACCUCAAGAUGAGGGGUUGAUGAGAAGUAAGAAAGAGACAAAGAAAUUUGAAGAAAAGGUAUUGAGUGGUGCGUAUACGAAAAAAGAGGUUAAAGAGGAGAAAUUGAGGAUUAGGAAAUUGAACAAGAAGAAAAAGGCGAAAAGGAAAUAUGGUAAGAAAGGUGAAGGCGAGGUUGAAGGUGAAGAAGAGUCGGAUUUGGGUAUUGAUGGUGAAGGAGGAGUGGUUGAUGUUGCGAACGAUAGUACAAGGGUAUAA